UUUCUACAAGUACCAACAUAUUACAUAGUUGCUAUAAUUAGAAAUUAAUAAAGAUGAUGAAGGUGUCUGAAAUUCGUAAGGCUCAAAGGGCAGAAGGCCCUGCAACUAUCUUGGCCAUUGGCACUGCAAAUCCACCAAACUGUGUUGAACAAAGCACAUAUCCUGAUUUCUACUUUAGAGUCACAAACAGCGAGCACAAGAUCAAACUCAAAGAAAAAUUUCAACGCAUUUGUGAUAAAACUAUGAUCAAGAGGAGAUACAUGUACCUAACCGAAGAGAUUUUGAAAGAGAAUCCUAACUUGUGCACUUAUAUGGCACCUUCUUUGGAUACUAGGCAAGACAUGGUGGUAGUAGAGGCACCAAGACUAGGAAAGGAGGCAGCCGUGAAGGCUAUAAAAGAAUGGGGCCAACCAAAGUCAAAGAUCACACACUUAAUAUUUUGCACUAUAAGUGGUGUAGAUAUGCCUGGUGCCGAUUACCAACUCACAAAACUCUUAGGUCUUCGCCCAUGUGUAAAAAGGUAUAUGAUGUACCAACAAGGGUGUUUUGCAGGUGGCACGGUACUUCGCUUGGCCAAGGACUUGGCUGAGAACAACAAAGGUUCUCGUGUGUUGGUUGUUUGUUCUGAAGUUACCGCAAUCACAUUUUGUGGACCAAGCGAUACUCACUUAGACAACCUUGUUGGACAAGCUCUAUUUGGAGAUGGAGCUGCUGCAGUCAUUGUUGGCUCUGACCCAAUACAGGAAAUUGAGAAACCUCUAUUUGAGUUAGUUUGGACAGCACAAACAAUCGCUCCAAAUAGUGAAGGAGCUAUUUGUGGCCAACUUCGUGAAUUUGGGCUAUCAUUUCAUCUUUGUAAGGAUGUUCCAGACAUUGUCUCAAAGAAUAUUGAUAAAGCAUUGUUUGAGGCAUUCCAACCAUUAGGUAUCUCUGAUUACAACUCAAUCUUUUGGAUUGCUCACUCUGGUGGACCCGCAAUUCUAGACAAAAUUGAGGAAAAGUUAGCCUUGAAACCUGAAAAGAUGAGUGCCACUAGAAAAAUGCUUAGUGAAUAUGGUAACAUGUCAAGUGCAUGUGUAUUAUUCAUCUUAGAUGAGAUGAGAAACAAAUCGGCUCAAGAUGGACUAAAGACCACAGGAGAAGGGCUUGAAUGGGGUGUGUUGUUAAGCUUUGGGCCAGGACUUACCAUUGAAACGAUUGUUCUCCACAGUGUGGCUAUAUGAUAUGCUUGAUUGUAACUUUUAAUUUAAAAAAUAUUUUCAGUCUAUCUUAAUUUUUCAUCUUAAGAAGAAUAAACAUAUAGAGUUAAAUAUGUACUAUUGAUUC